AGGUCAUGGUGAUGGACCAGGACACUCAAUGGCUAUACCAACUCUUAGCUGAAGUCCAGCUGGAGAAGUUUUACCUGCGCCUCAGAGAUGGCCUCAAUAUCACUCGCAUUGAACACUUCAGCUACGUCAAAGAGGCUGAUCUGGAGCAGAUAGGAAUCAGCAAACCUGGACAAAGAAGACUAUGGGACGCUCUAAAACGCUUCAAGUCGAGCGUGCGCGUGCGGUCACGGGUGCCGAAGGUGUUCAGUGGGGAGCCGUUAACCGGAGGUGGUCAAGCACAGGGCCAGGAAGUCGGUGUCCGGGCUCUUCCUUGUCUUAUCCAAGACAGUGAGCUGAUUCUGGCGGAGAGGCUGGGCUCUGGGUCAUUUGGGGUGGUGAAGAGGGGAGAGUGGCAUACACCCACUGGAAGAGUGUUGGCUGUGGCAGUUAAAUCUCUGAGGAGCAGUAUGUCGAGGCAGGCGGACACACUGAAAGACUUUCUUCAAGAAGUAACCGUCAUGCAAUCUUUAGACCACCCCAACAUCAUACGACUCUAUGGUGUGGUGCUCACACAGCCCCUCAAGAUGGUAACAGAGCUGGCCGCCUUGGGCUCACUUUACGACACCCUGCGUGCACGUCAGUAUGAGUUCUCUCUGGUCCGCCUUUGGCUCUUUGCUAUGCAGAUUGUGUCAGGCAUGGAGUACCUGGAGAGUAGGAGAUUCAUCCACAGGGACCUGGCUGCAAGAAAUGUACUGCUGGCAUCCAAGGAUAUGGUGAAGAUUGGGGACUUUGGUCUGAUGCGAGGCCUGAACCAGGAGAAAGAUCACUACAUCAUGUCGGCACACAGACGGAUACCGUUUGCAUGGUGUGCUCCAGAGAGUCUUCGCAUCGGCUCUUUCUCCCUUUCCUCAGACGUGUGGAUGUUUGGUGUCACUCUCUGGGAAAUGUUUACCUAUUGUGAAGAGCCUUGGUUUGGUCUGUCGGGCCGGCAGAUAUUAUGGCGGGUAGAGCGGGAGGGCGAACGCCUGGAGAAGCCACCUGAUUGCCCUCUGGAGCUAUACGCUGUAAUGCGAAAGUCCUGGGCAUGCAAUCCUGCAGACAGACCCAGCUUUGCCCAGCUCACUGCGAUGGUGGCGGAGGCUAAACCCAGAGAGGUGCAAGCAAUAAGAGAAUUUGCAGAACCCAGAAAGCUCACACUUUUGCCCAACGAAGCUGGUGGCGGCUGGAGGUCAGGACCCAGCAGGGAGAAGGAGGGAUCCAAUCUGCAGAAAAUGGCAGCUAUGACUAGAAGCCUGGAAUCAGUCUUAGGUGGACAUCGGCCCCGAGCUCAUACAGUAGGGGUGUUCAGAGUGGAUCAGCACGGAAAACUCUUUCCUCCUGUGAUGCCGACUCACAGUGCGGUGAUGCAACAGGAUCCUCGUCGGCUGAGCGAGGCUAGUAUUGCUGCCCCUCCUCGACCGCCACCUCCCAACCUGAAAGUGCUUCGAAAAAUCCAAAGGAUUAACCAAGGCCAGCAAAUGGUUCCCCCUGCUCUGAUACAGACACAACCCCAGCCUCAGCAGGUUGUUGGGGGUUUUUUCCUGCUCACUGUCUGCUGUUUUCAUUGCUCUGUUCAGAUUAUGGAGGCGGUACAUGGCGUGACCACGGACGAGGUUCUUAACGCACUUCAACGAAAUGACUGGAACCCAGUACGAGCUGAACAGCAACUAAAGAUGGAGCAGCUGUACUCGCUGAGCCUCUGCUCCAGAGAGGACUGCGUCAAGAUCCUCGCCAAACACCAGUGGAACCUGCAGCUGGCCAGCCGCUAUCUAAUCCGAGUGACGACCAGCGACAGGCCCGGCCCGCCCUAGAGGGGUUGGCCUCUUACCCGCCCAGACAGAAGAGUCUGAAGAGAUUUGAGGCAGCCGCUGUGGCUGACUUUUUCUGCACCAUCGUGGUGUAACAGUGACACACUCCAACACUUGGAGCCCCUCAACUACAGGAGCACUCCGGUGCACAUGAAAAUAGAAAAAUGAAGGCAGACAAAGACAAAACUGACUAAUAUUUUUGAGAAGCUUAGAAGAAACAUGACAUGUGAUAAAAUGACAUGAUGUGGUUUUAUAUAGCACGUCUUUUGCACAUAGGUUUGCUGUUUUAAUACAUUUGUACAUAUUGUAGUAGAAACUUUGUUAAAUAAAACUGAUCUCUGGUG